AUGCAGGAGCUUUUGUCACAGCUACAGGAACUGCUGGGCAAGCAGUUCAUUCGACCUAGCAGUUCUCCAUGGGGAGCACCGAUUCUUUUUGUCCGGAAGAAGGACGGUUCGCACCGGAUGUGCAUUGAUUAUCGGGAGUUGAAUAAGUUAACGGUGAAGAACCGUUACCCACUCCCGAGGAUAGACGAUCUCUUUGAUCAGUUGCAGGGCACAUCUUGGUUUUCCAAGAUAGACUUGAGGUCUGGGUAUCAUCAGGUCAGGGUCAGAGAGGAGGACGUGGAGAAGACCGCAUUCUGA